UGCUGUUCCAGUUCAAAUUUUGGCACAAAGCUUGUGACUUGCUCCAGAGAGAAACCGGUGAUGGCGAAGGAGGUUUUAGCUGCUGGUCCUCAGCCUCGUACCAUAUUGGAAACGAUAAUUGUAACCCUAGCUCAUCUUGCGCUGCACAGUGAAAAAAUUGAAUUGGAGGCUGUUUUUAUGGUAUGUGUUAUUGCUGCUAUUAACCCUUGUCUAAGGAAACUUGUUAUUGUUGUCCUUGAUAAUCUAUCAAGGGAGUUAAAGUAUACUUCUAGGUCAAAGUAUAUGGAAGAACUUAUGGCGCCAAUCCUCUUUAGUUGGGUUGCUUCUGGUGUAAAUUUAGCUGCUCUUCUCGAGGUAAGGGAUCUGUUCGUCUUCAAUGUAGAGCCUAUCAAUUUCAUUCAGUCCUGCUGCCGUUGGCUUAUUCCAUCUUUAAUGUUGCAUGGUGACAUUUCCAACAUGAAUUGGCUUGCGAAGGUUACUUGUGAGCCUCUUGCUGAAAUGAUUAAGAAUCACUUUGUGGAUAUUUUCUCUGUUUGUAUUACGUUACACUCCAGUAAGAAGGCUGGUUGGGAGAAGGGAUCAGCUGUACUUGAAAUGUCAAUUCUGGAUAUUGCUAAAAUAUCUGAAACUGAAAGAGACAAACUUAUAAAGAAGCACAUGGUUUCAAUCGUGAAUACUAUUUUCUCUCUUGCUUCAACAGCUGUGGACCCUGUUCUUCCUUCAUUUUCCAAGGAGACAAUUGCACGUGCAAUUAUGACAGUUGUGGAUGGAUUCUUGGAGAUAGAUGACUCUUGUCAAAAUUUUGGUCUUAUUGACAAGAUUAACAUUUUCCGACCUGAUCGAGUAUUUACGUUUAUAGUAGAGCUGCAUUACAAAGUUGCUGCAGCUGGUCAUUUCAGGCACAAAUCUGAUAGGCUUGCUGGGAUUGAAGUGCUUAUUGAUGUAUUAGGGCAUCGAGUUGCGGUUCCUAGUACUGCCAGUUAUCUCCUCAACUUGAUUGGUCAAUGCUUGGACCUUGAUGCUUUGCUGGACCAAUGUUGUCGAAUGAUCUCUUCAUUGCUAAAAAUUUUCAAAAUAAAGCAAUUGGAGGGAACCACUGUUGUCCUAGGUGAACAGCUUCAGUUUUUAAUUUCCAAGUUGGUAAUGUGUUGCAUUUCUUCCGAGUCUAGUCCCAAACUGUCAGCUGACACAUCAUCUCAAGUUUUGUCUCUGCUCAGCCAACUUACCUUGGACUCCGACCCAUCACUACACGAGUACAUUAAAGAACUAGAGCCAUUCCCUAACAUCGAUUUAUUUCAUGAUAUACGGAUGUUCCAUGAGGAACUAUGUCAAAAUUACUCGCCUAGGGAGCACUUGUCAAUCUUAGGGAAACGAUCUCGCUACCUUCCGCCAAGAUUACUUGUUUGGAGUCUAAAAGCAUUACACAAAAAAUUGUUUGAAGAUGAAGCAUACCCAGCACAAAAGAAUGAGGAAAAUAUUUUCGAAGAUGCAUAUUUGGAUUCUGACCAUGAAAUUGUCCACACAGUCUGGAACCUGGUGCACACAUGUAGUUUGAGUGGUGCUGGCAAUUUUGGGUCGCUGGUCUCUGAUUUUUUAUCUCGGGUUGGUAUUGGCGAUCCACAUGGUGUUGUGUUCCAUCUUCCUAUCGAGUCUAAAUCUGUACAUGAGCAUAACUUCCACCUUGGUACGGGCAUAUCAGAUGAUCUUCUGGUAGCAAUUAUGAGGCUCUUAAAGAAAUAUUUGAUGGAUGACUCUGUUAAGAUAAUUGACAUAGCAUCUCAAGCUUUGCGGGGGAUACUUUCAACUGAAAAUGGUCAGAGGGCUUUGCUAUCAUUUGAUUCUUAUCAGAGAUCCCUUAUUGAGGUGCAUUCCAAAGGUGUCGAUGUCAACCUGGUUCAGAAACUCCUGGCAGAUCUAGAAAGAAAGCUUAAUGUUGAGGCACUUUCCUUGAAGGAUUCUGCUAUAUGGAAGACUGAUGGAAAAACAUUCGAGACAUGGAUUUGUCCUCUUAUCUGUGCUCUGAUUGAAUAUUGUGAUGAUAUGAUCCUGAGAUUGUGUCAAGAUAUUGUCUUGGUGAAAUCUGAAGUUGCAGAACUCUUGUUCCCUUAUGUGAUGGUCAAUUUGUCUAGUAGAAGAGACGUGGAUGUUGAUCUUUGUCAACUGAUCUCCUCACAGGUGCAAGAGAACAUUUUUACGGAGGACAAUAAGUUGACCAAAUCAAUUCAAGUUAUCUUAGAUGCUCUUAACGAGCUUCGGUUGUGUCACGUGAUGGAAAUAAGCACAUCCUCUAAUCCCUCUAAGCGAGAAAAUUCAAAGCAAUAUGGAAGGCCUUCUAGCUAUGGAUCAAAGUCACGCUCCACGCCUCUGAAGGCAAAGCAUCAGACAACCACUUCAUCUGUAGUAUCAAUAUCCACAUUGUCAUGGCAAAAGGUUUAUUGGAUUUCUAUGGAUUAUCUUGCUGUUGCAAGGUCUGCUAUUCUGCCGCGACACAUUGAAAUACUUUUAUCUGCAGUGACACAAAUAAAUGAACCUGACAGCCUCUAUGGAAUCAUCCAAUCCCACAAGUUGACCUCUCAAAUUAUCACAUUUGAACAUGAGGGAAAUUGGAGUAAAGCUCUUGAGUACUAUGAUUUACAAAUUAGAUCUGAUCCAGUGGCUCAAGGAAGUAGUUGUACUCCUGAAAAUUUUCUUCAUUCAUCUGGGUCCGCAGUAGAUCAGAUGAUCGAAAAGAAACCAUAUAAGGGCCUUAUUAGAUCCUUGCAGCAAAUUGGUUGCACUCAUCUUUUGGNGCAUUACAGGAAUGCGACACAAAGACCUCUUUUCAAUCCAACAAUGUCUUUGGGAGUUGAUGUUUUUGGGUCUAAAAACACUGGUUCUGGAAGUUCUGGUAUUAUGAUUACCUCAGAACCUUUAAUGGGAAGUUCAAACUACUUAACUUGGGCUUCUUCUGUCGAGUUGUGGUGUAAAGGUCAAGGUGUUCAAGAUCAUUUAACAAAAAAGUAUGAAGCUGCUUGGCGUUCUGGAAAUUGGGAUUUCUCACUACUUUAUGGUGAAUCCAGUGUCCUCUCAAUUCAGCAUGGAGGUGACCAUUUCAAUGAAAAUCUCCACAGCUGCUUGAGAGCAUUAAAAGAGGGAGGAUUUGAUGAAUUCCAGAUAAAACUAAAAGAUUCCAAGCAGGAGCUUUUGCUGUCUAUCUGUCAUGCAAGUGCGGAGAGCACCAAGUACAUUUAUCAAGCUAUAGUUAAGCUUCAGAUACUUUAUCACCUCGGGAUGACAUGGGAUUCACGUUGGACUUCAUCUUGCACUAUGCUGGAUUCUAUGAAGAUGCCAAAGGUCUCAUCUAAACCUGUACUCCCAUCAAUUACUCAGUUAUCAUGGCUAGACAUGGACUGGAAGCGCACUUUGAAGCAAACACAGUUACAUAUGAAUUUGCUGGAACCAUUUGUGGCAUUUAGAAGAGUUUUGCUUCAUAUUUUAAAUUGCCAGGAUUAUACUGUACAACAUCUGCUUGAAUCUGCAGCUACUCUCCGCAAGGUGGCUAGAUUUUCUCAGGCUGCUUCAGCUUUGCAUGAAUUCAAGUUUCUCUGUGCGGAAAUGGGAGAACAUUCCAACCUUUAUUGGCUUGGACGGCUUGAAGAAGCUAAGCUUCUGCGUGCUCAAGGCCAACAUCAGAUGGCAAUCAAUCUUGCAAAGUAUAUUUCACUAAACCACCAGACGAAUGAAAACGCAUCUGAUGUUUUCCGGUUAAUUGGGAAGUGGCUCGCUGAAACACGAUCAAGCAACUCAAGAACUAUACUAGAGAAAUACUUGAAGCAUGCAGUCGUACUAGCUGAGGAUUGCAUGGCACGAGGAAAGGUUUCCGCCAUAAAACGAAGUCAACUGCAUUUCCAUCUUGCGCACUAUGCGGAUGCUCUGUUUCGUAGUUAUGAAGAACGACUUAAUUCCAGUGAAUGGCAGGCAGCAAUGCGGUUAAGAAAGCACAAGACAAGGGAGCUGGAAGCAUUAGUUAAACGAUUAAGAAGUUCAACAAAGGGAGAAAAGACCGACUGUUCAGCAAAAAUACAAGAGUUGCAGAAGCAGCUGGCAAUGGACAAAGAAGAGGCUGAAAAGUUGCAGGAAGACAGGGACAACUUUCUGAGCACGGCACUUGAUGAAUAUAAACGCUGUUUAGUAAUAGGAGAUAAAUAUGAUGUCAGGGUGGUAUUUCGACUUAUUUCGCUGUGGUUUGGUCUCUCAUUAAGACCAAUUGUUGUGGAUAGCAUGCUCGGCACAAUAAGUGAGGUUCAAUCUUACAAGUUUAUUCCACUAGUUUACCAAAUUGCUUCAAGGAUGGGAAGCACAAAAGAAAGUCAGGGAGCUCAAAACUUCCAGUUUGCUUUGGUUUCUCUCAUCAAAAGAAUGGCCAUUGACCAUCCAUAUCAUACGAUAUUUCAGCUUCUAGCUUUGGCAAAUGGUGAUCGAAUCAAAGACAAACAACGUAGCAGAAGUUCUUUUGUGGUUGACAUGGAUAAAAAAGCCGCUGCAGAAAAUCUGUUGAAGGAGUUAUCUUCGUAUCAUGGAGCUGUCAUCAGACAGAUGAAGCAAAUGGUUGAGAUCUACAUUAAACUAGCUGAAUUAGAAACAAAAAGGGAGGAUACUAACAAAAAGUUUAAUCUUCCGAGGGAAAUUCGCAGCAUCCGAGAUCUUGAACUUUUCUCCUGUGUUUUAACUAUUGUGUUCUACAGUGUGAUGAAUGGUAUAAAUGCGCCAAAAGUUGUUGAAUGUUUCGGCUCCGAUGGCAAUAAAUACCGACAACUUGCGAAAUCUGGCAAUGAUGACCUGAGACAAGAUGCUGUGAUGGAACAGUUCUUCGGCUUAGUAAAUACUUUCUUACAGAACCGUCGGGACACUUGGAAACGAAGGCUGAGAAUUCGCACUUACAAGGUUGUACCUUUUACUCCAAGUGCGGGUGUUUUGGAAUGGGUGAAUGGCACUCUUCCACUUGGUGAUUAUCUUAUAGGCAGCACUAGAGAUGGAGGAGCCCAUGGACGCUAUGGAGCAGGAGACUGGACAUUCAUGAAAUGUCGGCAACACAUGACUGUGGAAAGUAACAAGCGGAAGGCCUUCCAGGAAGUCUGUGAUAACUUCAGGCCUGUCAUGCAUCACUUUUUCUUGGAGAGAUUUUUUCAUCCAGCUGACUGGUUUCAAAAGAGGCUUGCUUAUACCAGAAGCGUGGCCGCAAGUUCAAUGGUCGGAUAUAUUGUUGGACUAGGAGAUCGGCAUUCCACGAAUAUCCUUGUAGAUCAAGCCACUGCAGAAGUUGUUCACAUAGAUCUUGGGGUUGCAUUUGAGCAGGGCCUUAUGCUGAAAACUCCCGAAAGGGUACCCUUCAGGCUGAGUAGGGACAUUAUUGAUGGCAUGGGCGUAACUGGGGUGGAAGGGGUUUUUAGAAGAUGCUGUGAGGAAACCCUGUCUGUUAUGCGGACAAACAAAGAAGCACUGCUUACCAUUAUCGAGGUCUUUAUCCAUGAUCCUUUAUACAAGUGGGCUUUAUCCCCUCUAAAGGCUUUGCAACGUCAGAAGGAAAGUGAAGAUGAUCUGGAAACCAGUUUGGAAGACUCUCAACAAGAUGACUAUGAGGGGAACAAGGAUGCUGCUAGAGCCUUGAUGCGCGUUAAACAAAAGUUAGAUGGAUAUGAAGAAGGUGAAAUGAGAAGUGUUCAUGGGCAGGUUCAACAACUCAUACACGACGCCAUUGAUCCUGAUCGUUUGUGUCAUAUGUUUCCUGGAUGGGGAGCUUGGCUAUGAUAGCUUUCAAACUAGUGUCAGCGCUGAUUAAAUCUUUUGGGUUUCUUCCUUUUCUUUUUCAUUUUUCCCUCCUUAGUGUAAUCUUGUACGUGAUCUUAGGUUAUGGGUGUCGCUGUAAUGAACUGAUGUCAUGUAAAUAUGUCAGCAACGCCGUCAUUUAUUCUAAUCUGUAUGGGUUUCAACUUCAUGUUUGAUU